GUUCCUAUCUGAUUUAAAAAAGCGAACCUAGUAAAGCAUGAGUUCUGGUUCUCAGCGAAGAUAAAUCAUAAACGCAAAAGUAACUUGUGCGAUCCAAAUGAAGAUGAAUAACGUGGAGUAUCCAGAGAGGCAUCAAUCGACCCGAGAAAUGCUUCAUUGCCGUGAUUAUGGUGAAGUCGGAACUUUAAGUCCAGUUAUAGCUACCCACAACCCCCACGCACAAGUUCAGCACUUAGUUGGCUUUCAGCAUACUCCCCAACCUGGUGCCGAUCACCUGCAUAACACGCCUUAUCCGAUUGCCUUCGGAAACCCACAAAGGGCGCCAAGUUCCUUUGUACCCUUGGGUGAAAAUGAACCCCCUGAACAUUGUGCGCCGUCGGUCAACGGUCGUUCUUACAAUUCAAAUGCAAUUUCUUUGUACGGUUACAAUCACCAUCCGUCUAGCCCUAACAUUUCAAGUCCCCUUGAAACUGGCUGGCCGGACAACACGCCCAGUCCCAACAAUGGUCGAACCCCUACAUUUGAGGAAUUGCGUUGGCGAGAUGCGUAUCGUAAUAUCCCAGCCCGUGCUCAAAUUGAGAUCAUCCCGUGUAAGGUGUGUGGAGACAAAUCAUCAGGAAUCCACUAUGGUGUUAUAACGUGCGAAGGGUGCAAGGGCUUCUUUCGUCGUAGCCAACAGAACAACUAUGCAUACUCAUGCCCACGUCACGGAAAUUGCAUCAUAGACCGAAGUAAUAGAAACAGAUGCCAACAUUGCCGGCUGCAGAAAUGUCUCAGGGCUGGAAUGUCAAAAGACGCUGUCAAGUUUGGCCGUAUGUCUAAGAAGCAAAGAGAUCGUCUUUACCUCGAAGUUUUAAAGCAGCAACAAAUGAGAGCUGGCCAACCGCAAGUUGAAAGUGAGGCUUUUAAUCAAACGAAGCCCAACACAGUAACACACAGCUCCCCGACGGAAUCAAACGUCACACCAUAUUAUGCAUCAGCGGAGCCGCGAAAUGACGUCAUUCCGACGUACCAAGACACCUCCCCACCCUCCAUGCAUGGUGGUGACGUAAUGGUUAAGAUCGAACCCCCAAAUGAAACAGCUUACAGUCAAACCCACGGCCCUCUAACCCCACCAGCCCCCCAAACCAUCCCGGUAGAACCAAAAUCAACCGAGUAUUCCGUCACAAAGAACCAUUAUUACGAUGUGCCUACGUCAUCAGCCGAACCACAAUCGAACCCGGUUCCUAACUUCGAUAUCUCUGAGAACCUUGUGAGCAAUAUAUGCGAGGCUUACUACAAAACGUGUCAGUAUUCCCGAGAGGAACUUGCCAGUUAUUCUAAAGCUGUUCGCUCCCAGGAAGGGACACUCCAGUUUCAAAAUAUGGCACCAGAUCAGUUAUGGGGUUUAUGUGCAGAGAAAAUAACAGAAGCAAUACAACAUGUCGUCGAGUUCGCUAAACAUUCAAACGCUUUUAUGUCGUUUGAUCAGCACGAUCAAAUCAUUCUGCUCAAAACAGGUUGUCUUGAAGUAGUGUUGGUUCGCAUGGCCCGUGCUUUCAACAUCACCAACCAGACUGUUCUAUUUGAUGAGAAAUACACGCCAAUAGAAACCUUUAGAAGUCUUGGUUGUGACGACUUGAUAAGCGGAAUGUUUGAAAUGGCGAAAUCCAUCGCUGAACUGAACCUUACUGAGGAUCAGAUCGCUUUGUUCUCGUUUGCAGUUCUUAUUACUGGAGAUCGUCCAGGUUUAUGGGAAUCGAACCGCCUCAACAAACUCCAGUCUGUUGUUUUGGGGUCUCUGCAAGAAAUGUUUCAUAAAACCCAUAGCGACCCACCCGAUAUUUUGACCAAGUUGGUAAUGAAUAUGCUGAACCUUCGGAACCUGAGUCGUCUACAUUCCAAAUACUUCCUUUACUUCAAACAUCAUUUCGUCAAUGUUUCACUCCCUCCACUUUAUAAGGAGUUAUUUUUCGUCGACGAGAACCAACCUCCCCAGCACUUUGCCCCGAACCCCGCUUUUAAUCAGCAACGUCGUACAAGUAACGAUCCACAAGAGAACGAAUACCACAAGCAUAGUUUUCUCGAUGGUGGGCUGGCGACAGCGAAUGAUCUUGGAUCUGACGCUAGCUCAGGUUCAUGUGCAAUCGACGCCCAAUGCGCUAUACUACCCGGGGCUGGGUUCGUACCUUGUACCAGUCGUUCAUCAUCGACGUCUUCAGUCAGCAGCAGCGGGACAGCGCCGCUUGGAAACCUGAGUUGUGACGACAUAUCACCCAUGUUGUCCGACAACAAAUCGCUGACCGGGGACCAACAGAGCCUUGACCACGUCUCAGUAAAUCACUCCGAUGACCAGAUUCAGCGCAAUCAGUUGGCCGAGGCCGAGCGGUUAAUGGAAGCCGCCAUGAACGAGCACGUUCCUCACAACUCCCAGACAGCCUACCCUGUACAAAUGACAAUGCUAACACAACAGCAUCUUCACACACACGAUGGUAGCCUUGGUGGAAUUCCUCAUUUAUCCAUAUAAAACUGAACCUCGUAGAUCCAUCUUCACAGCGAGCCUUUUUUUCUAUUUAUUGAGUAUAUUAAGAACAAGUAUUUAGUUAAUUUGCCGACACCGUCUAUGCAGUAGCGGUCCGAUCCAAAGAGAUUUUAGCAUCAGUGUUGGCGACACAGCCCUGGUUGCGCGUAACACUUCUUUUUUCCGCCGAACACUGGUUUUCCUAAUUUGCUCGACUCGUCGUAUUCUGUCGGUGCUAAACGUUUCUCGUCGCUUUUGUAAGCAUGCAGUUUAGCUUUUGCACCCGGGACAACAUAAUAGUGAGCCGUGCAUUUAUUUCUAAUCAACCAGCUCUGUAAUUACCCCCAACCCCUCAUAACCGCCUAGGGUUCACUAUAGUCUGUAAUGCAAUACCUCCGUUUCUAGCAUACGUAACCUCAUUCUGCAUCAUAGCUAUACACCUAACUUAAUCCAUUCAACGGCAACUAUAUAACGGACGUCGCAUACGCCUCUUGCUUUUUGUGUGGUAGAUUUUGUUAAAACGCUAUUCCAUGUAAUGAAAUUUACAUUAAUCAAAGUCCCGCUGUCUUUAUAAGUGUAUUGAGACAAGACUCCAUCCAACUUAGCAUAUUAAACAACCAGCACUGUUUUGUCGCCACCUUUGUACAUAAUGUUGCCACAAUAUUCGCCUGGUCAAAAGGUGUAUUCAUGUUUGGUCGAAGUUCGAAUUCUCUCGGCUCCUCUAACCCUCAAAUCCACGCAUACAGCGUUAUUAAGUCGCCAUACCUCACCCCGUUAUAACACCUCCGACUUUAAACCACGUUGCAUAUGCGUCAAACCAAUCCACCACGUGCAACCAUCACUUACUUUUUGAUGUUUACUUUGCGCCGCAUUUUUAUUCCUUUUUCAAUUGUCGUAAAAGCCUUCGCAAUCUUCGCUAAAUUCACCAUCACUUGCUUAUGACGUCACCGCUUCGGGCCCAUGACGUCAUCGGUAAUGACGUCAUCAACCGUUUGUACAGCGCUAUAAUGUCGCCAUGUAUAGCCCUUCUGCAGCCCACUGUGAAGCCUCUUCGUUAGUUUCUGUACAUAAUUCAAUUGUUCAAUCCCCUACAGCCAUAAGAAUAUAAAAUGACGAACAGUAUGUUCAGCGUAACCAGCAAUCGAAUCCUUUCUUCUUUUUCUCUCAUGGUUCAUUUGAGAAAGACUAUCUCAUAUUUCCUAUCGCAAACUAUCGCUUGUGUACAGCCCCGUAUUCGCAAAUCAUUCGACUUUUCUAAUGACGCCGUGCACUAUGUAGCCAGUAUACGUUGCAUUAUUGAACCAUUCGUCUACAACACAACUGUCGAGUAUUCAGUAUCUGCAUACACGGUCGCUUUUAUCAUUCUCAUUAUCACAGUGCGCUUCUAAAAGGUGUUGCCCCAGCGUGUAAGGUUUUUGCUUCUUACCUGCUCUUUCUGCUGUCUUUCUUAUUGUGCCGCGUUCUCAUAAACGCCUUAAAGGGGAGCGCCAAAAUAUUAAACAUAUUUCACACUUCCA